AUGACUGCUGGUUCAAUAUCUGCUCCGUCUAUAAUUCCAUUACGUGUUGGAUAUACACAAAAAUUUUCAAUUGAUACAAAUACAUUGAUUGAAAUACGUAGUGAUACAAAUGAUGUAGAUAUUUAUUAUACAUUAGAUGGUUCUAAACCAGAUGCAUUUAUAACAUUAACAACACGACGUUCGACUAUACAAUAUAAAAAACCAUUUUAUAUUCCAAGAGAAAUAGCUAAUACAGGCAAAGUAACAGUUAAAGCUAUAGCUGUAUCACGUAAUGGAAUACGAGAAAGUGUUAUAGUGACAAAAGUAUUUGAUGUUAAAAUUGUUCCAGCGGAUCAUGCACCAUCAGAUGAAUAUGAAAAUCGAUAUUUAUCUGAAUUACAACAAGAACGAAAGGAAUUAAUGAGAAAAAUUCAAAAUGAAAAUGAACAAAUGCAGCAAAGAUUAUCUGAAUCAAUGCGUCGUUCAACAAUUGAUUCAUUAGUACAAGAAAAUCCAUCUAAUUAUACACUUUCAAAUUCUCAACCAGAAACAAAUGUUAUAAGAUGUGCUCAUUGUUUUGCACCAAAAACAAAUGAUUCAUAUACACGAUUUUGUACAGAAUGUGGUCUACCUUGGCAAAAACUAACUCACAAUCCACCAAAUAAUUAUCCAACUAACAUAUGUACAAAUUGUAAAUCUACAAUUCCAUUUAAUUCUAAUGUAUGUGUUGUUUGUGAAACACCAGCAUCAAAAGAACCGCAAAAUCGUUCAACUACUCAAAAUCAGACAAGAAUUUUAUGUCCUCAAUGUAAAUCAGCAAAUCCAAAACAUUUACGAACAUGUUAUAUUUGUGAAAGUGUAUUAAUGCCAACAUUGACACCACCAGAAAAACGAACUACAGUUUCAGUUCCAACAUUACCAAAACAAACUGAUACAAUAAUGAUGACAUGUUCAAAAUGUUUUCGUUUAAAUAAUCCUGAUGCACGUUUUUGUGAUUGGUGUGGUGCAUGUCCAGAACAUGCAUCUAUACCAAUACAAUGUACGAAAUGUCAUACUAAUAAUGAUCCAUCUGCAAAAUUUUGUUCAACAUGUGGAUGUGUUAUUGAACCACCAUUACGUGUUAUGGAUACACGUCUUAGAAAUGAUUUAAAUAUACCAUCUUCUUCGAUGAUUGCUAGUACUCUAACACGUAAUUCGGCUAGUCCAGUAUGGCUUAAUGCAAAUACAACAUUGACUCAUAAUCGUCAACCAUAUUCAAUAACAAAAAAUGAAGCUGCUACACAAACAUAUGGAAUUUAUUAUCCAAGUGCAAAAGAUAUUGAACUUAUAAUAACACAAAAUAAACAAUUAUUAGCUGAACAAGAAACUAAAGAACAUCGUCCAGUAUUAACAUCUACAAGUCCAGGAAAAGGAUAUUGGCGACAACAAUUAGAUCAUAUUUGUGCUCAUUUAAAAACUUAUGCAGUUAACCGACCUGAUUUUCAAUCAUUGAUUGGUGAACCUCGUAUGGGUAAAAUGAUUUAUGCAACUGUACAUGAAAAUGAAUAUCAAGUAACAGUUCAAGCAGUAUUUCAAAAACCACAAAAUCUUUCUCAAUCACCAUUCUUUAUUGAUGAAACAAAUGAAUAUUAUCGAAUGACUAGUGGACGAAGUUCACCAUUUUCAAGUAUAAUUAAUUCUGAUGAUGAAUAUCCUAGAGAAAAACUACAACGACCAAAAAUAAAGCAUCGUACUAAAAAACGACCACAAUCAGCUAAUACAAUUACUCAUACUGAUAGUCCAAAUCAUGCCUUAAUUCGAUUACUUGAGAAAAAAAGUAGUGAUUAUAAUAAAAAAUCAUCGCAUCGAAUAAAUGUAUUCGAAGAAGUUCAACGAUUAAUAAAAGAAAAGGCUAAUCCAAAUGUUAUAAAUAAAGAUAAUUAUACUGCUCUACAAUUGGCUGUACGUAAUGGACAUUAUGAAUGUUUAGAAACACUUAUCAAAGAUGGAAAAGCUAAAUUAGAUAAAAAAGGACCACGAGGUAAUACAGCAUUACAUGAAUGUUGUUUAUUAGGAGUUGAUGGUAUUGAACCAUUAGGAAUUCUUCUUAAACAUGGAGGUGAUAUAACAUGGGUAAAUGAUAAAAAGGAAAGUGUUACUGAUCUAGCAUCAAAACAAAAUUGUCCACAAUUAUUACAAGUUAUUUCAAAAUAUCAAGGUCAAAAAAUGAUGAAUCAACAAAUGAAAAGUUCUUAUGAUGAUCGUGCAAGAACAACUGUUCAUGGUCAUCGUUCAUCAGAAAAAUCAUAA